AUGCCCUCCGGCGACUCCAUGUCGCACGAUCCGAAGGGUGAGCCGCUACUGGUUGUCUGUACGCUGCGCGAUACGGAGGGCCGACCUAUUGAGGGCGUCAAGAUUGAUAUUUGGGAGACGGAUUCGUCGGGGCACUAUGAUGUGCAGUAUGCCGGGCGUGAGGAGCCGGAUGGGAGGUGCGUCAUGCGCUCGGGUAAGGAUGGUCUGUUCUGGUUUAAAGCUAUUACGCCCGUGCCUUAUCCUAUUCCGCAUGAUGGGCCUGUUGGGAGGUUGUUGAAGAAGUUGCAUCGCCAUCCGUAUCGCCCUUCGCAUAUGCAUUUCAUGUUUGAGAAGGAGGGUUACGACCAUUUGAUUACUGCUCUUUAUCUCCGCAAUGACCCUUAUGAGACCUCUGACGCUGUAUUCGGCGUGAAGGAUUCUCUAACCGUUGACAUUGGCAAGGUUGGCUCUGAGAUUGCGGAGAAAUACGGUGUUCCCGAGGGUCAGGCCCUCUUGACCUACGACUUUGUUCUUGUUUCCGACGCGGAGACGAGUGAAUUGCGCGCGCAGAAUUCCAAGGUGGCGCUGGAUAAGCUCGGCCGGAAGGUCAAGAUCGUUAAUGGUCUGCCAAUUCCCGAUCUGGACUAA